GGCGGCUGGUGCCAGGCUGGGAUGUACCUGUUUGGGUGCCUGUUGCUGGUGCUCAGCCCCGGGUGUGUGUCCUUUAACCUGGACACCGAGAGCCCCACCCUGUACAGCGGGCCCCGGGGCAGCUACUUCGGAUACUCUGUGGAUUUCUACUCCCCCGAUCACCGCACAGUGAACGUCCUGGUAGGAGCCCCAAAAGCCAACACUUCUCAGCCGGGGAUCGUGGAAGGAGGAGCUGUGUAUUACUGCAAGUGGCCAGCAGGAGGCACCACAUGCACCGAGAUUCCCUUCGAUAAAAGCAGUAACCGAAAGAUCAAAAUCACCCAAGAACCCGUUGAAUUCAAAUCCAAUCAGUGGUUUGGGGCAACAGUCAGAUCCUAUAACGAAAAAGUUGUGGCUUGUGCUCCGCUAUAUCAUUGGAGAGCCCUUAAGGUAACUCAAGAGAAAGACCCAGUUGGCACCUGUUAUGUGGCAGUUCAGAAUUUCAGCACCUACGCAGAAUAUUCUCCUUGCCGUUCUGAUAAUGCGGAUCCCGAAGGCCAAGGGGUCUGCCAAGCAGGAUUCAGCCUUGAUUUCACUCAGGAUGGGAACCUGGUGCUGGGAGGACCUGGCAGCUUUUACUGGCAAGGUCAGGUGUUUACUGCCGGCGUGGUUGAGAUUUUAGAUGGCUACGACUUCAGAGCCUUGAUACGGAAAGUGAAAGGAGAAAGGCAGACUGGAGUGGCUCCUGCUGAAUACGAUGACAGCUUCCUGGGAUAUUCAGUAGCCGUGGGGGAAUUCACAGGAGACUCAGAACAAGAAUUUGUUGCUGGAAUCCCGAGGGGUGCACAGGCAUUUGGAUACGUUGCCAUCUUAAAUGCAACGGAUAUGACCUACAUUUUGAACUUUACUGGUGAACAGAUGGCUUCGUACUUUGGAUAUACAGUGGCGGUCUCCGAUAUAAACAGGGAUGGGUUGGAUGAUGUUUUAGUUGGUGCCCCUCUUUUCAUGGAUCGUGAAUCUGAUGGAAAGUUGAAGGAAGUGGGACAGGUCUACUUGUUCCUGCAAGAAGAGGCAUUCCAAUUCCAAGAUCCUCAGAAACUAUUAGGGACUGACGUAUUUGGCAGAUAUGGAAGUGCCAUAGCAUCUUUGGCAGAUUUGAACCACGAUGGAUAUAACGAUAUUGCAAUUGGUGUACCAUUUGCUGGUGACGAUGGGAGAGGCAAAGUCCUGAUCUAUAAUGGCCAAAGCACUGGUCUAAAUCCUAAACCUUCACAGGUUCUUGAGGAACAGUGGUCAUCCCAGGCCAUACCUUCUGGAUUUGGCUUUACAUUGCGGGGCGCCUCGGACAUUGACAGGAAUGACUACCCAGAUUUGAUAGUUGGUGCCUUUGGAGCUAGUAAAGUUGUUGUUUAUAGAGCCAGGCCUGUUGUGACUGUACACGCUCAACUACAAUUGAACCCUUCCAUCAUAAACCCUGAGAAUAAAAGCUGCAUUCUGCCGGAAUCGGAGUCCUUAGUGUCAUGUUUCACUGUAGAAGUUUGUGCAACUAUAUCUGGACAUGCUAUCCCAUACAUAGUAGUACUGAAUGUGGACCUUCACUUGGACAAACUAAAGAAGAAAGGGGUUGUUGAGAGAAUACUCUUCUUGUAUUACCAUCAGCCACAGCACAGUUUCCAGCUAGUCGUAGGAAAAUCACAGCAUUCCAGGUGCAAGGAAUUUGUUGUUUACCUUACAGAUGAAAAGGAAUUUCGAGAUAAACUGACACCAAUUGGUGUCAAUUUAAAUUACAGUUUAGAUGAAUCUCGUCCAUUAGAAGGUCUGGCUGUUAAACCAAUACUCAACUACUACAGUGAUACCUUUCUCCAAAAACAGGCUCAUAUUCUGCUGGACUGUGGAGACGACAACCUGUGCAUUCCAAUGCUUAAACUUUCAGCCAGCCCUGACCGACAGCAGCUGAUAAUUGGAGAUGAGAUCCCGCUAACUUUAAUCAUAAAUGCAAAGAACGAAGGAGAGGGAGCAUAUGAAGCUGAACUCUAUGUCACAAUACCUCCUGAAUCAGAUUACAUCGGUGUCAUUCGCAACAAUGAGGCAUUAAGCAAGCUAAGCUGUGCAUACAAGGUGGACAAUUCAACUCAAAUGGUUGUCUGCGACCUUGGGAACCCCAUGGUCGCUGGAACCAAUCUGUCUGUAGGGCUACGCUUUUCCGUUCAACGCUUGGAAAAGGCAGAUGCCAGCAUCAGGUUCGACCUGCAGAUCAAAAGCUCAAAUAAAGAUAAUCCUGACAGCAACACUGUCCAGCUACAGAUUGAUAUCACCGCAGUCGCUCAUGUCAAUGUUUGGGGAGUGUCACAUCCGGAGCAAAUCGUCUUGCCGAUGACAAACUGGGAGAGUAAAGACAAACCUAAGAAAGAGGAAGACGUUGGACCCUUGGUUCAGCAUGUUUACGAACUGCACAACAGUGGACCGAGUACGAUCAGUGACGCAGUGAUGGAAGUGGGUUGGCCCAGUCGCUAUCGCGAGGAAUAUUUGCUGUACAUCCUUCAAAUUCAAACAGAUGGACCUUUGUACUGCUGGAUAAACGCAACCAUCAAUCCACUGCAGCUAGAGACUAUUGACCUUCCAGCUGCCGGGGAACAUAUCAGCUUGCGAGACCCUUCCACUAUAUCGCAUCUCAUCACACGGAGGGAAGUGAGGCUCCCGCAACCUUUAAAGCGUGAUCCUACAAAAAUACUGAAUUGUAGCAACAUUGAGUGUACAAAAAUCUAUUGCCGUGUUGGCCAACUGGAAAAAAGGCAGAGUGCAGUUCUAAAAGUACGGUCUCGAUUGUGGAUCCAGACCUUCCUGAAGAGAAGGAAUGACCAUUACUCUUUGCACUCAUUGGUCUCGUUUGCAGUGAAAGAAAUGCCAUACAAUAUCCAGCAAGAAGAAUUAUCCAGUGCACAUACUGCAAUAAGGACUGCAGUGAUUUGGGCCACCCCUGAUGCCUCGCUCUCCAUCCCGUUGUGGGUCAUAAUUUUAGCCGUGCUGGUUGGCUUGCUGGUUCUGGCUAUUUUGAUCCUAGUCAUGUGGAAGUUUGGCUUCUUUGAUCGAGCUCGCCCACCUCAAGACGACAUGACAGACCGAGAGCAACUAAACCCAGAAAAGGCUACAGAGGCAUAAGAACUGCAGCUGCCUUACACCACUGAACAGGGACUUGACAGACGUCUCCAUAAAGACUGAAAAAUUCUUCCUUGCAUAUGCGUUUGAUCACUGUGAAGAAAAAAGUACUAACAUCAAAUGGACUUCAAGCAGGACAACUUAGCAGUUAAAAGUGCCGUUGUGUUCCUUUGUUAACAGUUAGCAUUCUGACAGACAGUGCUAAUAACACCACACAAUGCCCCUCUAUUACCAUACAGGGAUUUGUUUUUAAAGUUACAUUUGUCUUGAAGUAUAUUUUUUAAGUGCAAGUGCUGUGCACUUUGUAAACCAGAUAAAAUGGUAACUUCUUUGCAUCUGUCAGCAGACACUUUUGACUUAUAGAGUCAGAACCUGCGGAAUGAUGUUGAUGUCAUGGGUGUAGGGUUUUAAAUGUACUUCCUUACCUUUAGAUUGUAUGCCUUCACUGUUGAACAACUGAUUGGAAAUACAGUAGGUGACUAAUAGACAAUCAUAGAGCAUUGUCAGACAGUUGCAGAAUUAAUGGGAUAAAAAUUACGACCCAUGAUGUUUUCUUAAUUAUCACAAAUAAUGAGUGCCAUUGAGACACUUGACAGGUAUUGGCUACUCUAUGGAUAUGCAAUCCCUCUUGCUCCAUCAUAGUAGUUUUGCCCAAAGUUGCCUACAGCCACCAGUGAACUGCUAAUUCAGGGAAUACCAACUUAACUCAACUAAAUCAUCAUCCUCAUACUUCAUAUAUUUUCUUUCAUGACUCAAAGCGUUUCACACGAUUUAAUGUCAAAGGUAGUGACUGGUAGGGGAAUGUGGCAACCAAUUGGGCACAGUAAUUUCCCACAAACAGCUGUGAUCAAUUUUAUUUGGGGGAUUGUUGGCUGGGGCAUCAGGAGAAACGUUCUUCUCUUUUCAAAUACUAUCAUUGGAUCUUUCAUGCCCUCCUGAACAGACAGACGGGAUAUCAGUUUAAUAUCUUGUCCAAAGGAUGGUUCCCCCAACAUUCCAGCAUUCUCCCAGCACAGUAUUGGAAUGUCAAUCUAGACUAUGAUGCAGGGCUUGAAUCUACAAAUUCUGACUCAGAGUCAAGAGUGAUACCAAUUGAGCCAGGCUGGACACAAGUUAAGCUGGUGUCCCAUGGACAGCAAGUCCAACACCUACUACAUGUGGUUUCAGUCCAAACCAUGAUAGAGUGAAGGUACACCCACCAGCAUAGUUUACGCUCUUCAGUUAUCAACCGUCCACACCACAUUUAUCAAUGAUGUGCUAAUUCUCACCAAUAAUAGCUGACAUAUCACUCAUGGCAAUUUACACCCUGACAAACCCUGAAUCAGCACUAAUAAUUAUCCUUGCAUUUUAUCAUGUCGUCAAAACAUCACAAAGCACAGCCUUUGUAGUAAAAUCUAGUGACUACGUAUUUGUAGGUGAACCCGGAAGCCAAUUUAUACACACAAGUGUUCCACAAAUGGGAAUGAAUUGAAUGACCACUUAAGGACAAAGAAAGAGACUCUUCACAAUAGAAUGAAAUUGUUUGGCAGUGAGGAAAUGAACAAGUUUGUAGAUGAAUUAUUUUGUCUGAAAUGAACAAGUAAAUCCAGACAAAUAAGGUCGUCGAAAGAUAAGGGAAUGAAUGCCUGCCACAUUAAUUACCAUUGUGGUACUUCUUAUGUGGCUUAUACAAGAAAUCAUGCACUUGUGACAUCAAUUUUCAUGUGAAACAAUUUAAACCAUGACAUCAUCCCUACACUGGCGGUGGGAGUAACCGAUUUAAAACGUGCAAUAUUUUCUAUAUGUAUUUAUAAGUUCCUGCAGCAUGUUUACACUGGGAUUUAGCCAUCUGUGGAUCUUACAUUUAAGAUUUAUUUUUUACCAGUUUUGUAUAUGUUUAAUGAGCUGUAUUAAGGCAAUCAUCUUUUAACUGUGCGGAACGAUCACUGAUGAAGAAUUGCAGAAUCUCUUCACAAUGUUGGCGGUCAAUUUCCAGUCACAUAUAAUGUCGAUGUUCGGAUAGAUUUUACUUUUAUAUAAGUGUUAACGUGCUGGUAUUUACAAAUCAUUCAGUUUCUUUGUGAAAGCUAAGUUGUUAUGUUAACUUAUACAUCAUUUUGGAAUAUUUCUCAUUCAAUUGAAAGAUAUCCACUUUUUUAUCAGAAACUAUUGUAUUAUAAACAUACACUACAGGUAUGGUUGGUUAGGUUUGUGUGAUUGUGGCUGGCAGCCAGCGGGUUUAUUAAUCAAUGAUGCAGGAUCACUUGUGACUGAUAAGGUUGUAUAUUUUUUAACAGGAGCGAGGUAUCCAAUUCUUCUGAUGUUACAUUUUUAAUUUUACAUAUAUGUAUAUCUGACAAACCGGUGGCCAUGUACUUUUUCUUAAUCAAAAUAAUAAACAUGAACAGUUAACACUG